AUGGGUUCCAAAAGCUUCCAGAAUGAAUUCACCUGUUCUCUCUGUGAUAAAUAUUUCAUAGACCCAGUCACUCUAGGCUGUGGGCACAGCUUCUGUAUGCCUUGUCUCUGUCUCAGCUGGGAGGAGGAAGCCCAACACCCUCCUCGCUGCCCUGUGUGCAAAGAAAAAUCCCAUCAAAUGAACUUGAAAACCAACAUCGUUUUGAUGACACGAGUAUUCCUAGCCAGGCGAACGGGACCCUAUGACUUGCCAAGCCCUGAAGAACAGACCUGUGAGACACACAUGAAACCCAAGAACUUCUACUGUGAGGUCACCAAGGAUGUGCUUUGUUUACCCUGCUCUAAGACAAAGGAGCAUGUGGCUCACCUUCACUGCUCCAUUGAGUGGACGGCUGAAGAAUACCGGCAAAAACUUCUGAAGCAAAUGAGGUCUCUGUGGGUAAAGAUACAGCAAAAUGAAAGAAAUCUCCGCAGAGAAACCAGCAAAAUCAGGAAUUGGGAGGAUUAUGUGACUCUGUGGAAGAAGACGGUCGUUUCUGACUAUUGGAAGGUAUGUCGCCUCCUUGACCAGGAGGAGAAACGUUAUUUGCAGAGACUAGACGAGGAGAGCAAAGAGAUUUUUCAACAACUCCAAGAAAGUCAAUACAACAUGGACCUCAUGGGGAAUCUCUUAAGAGGAUUAUAUGAGGAACUCAAGGAUUUGUGCCAUAAACCAGACAUGCAGAUGAUCCAGCGUUUUGAAAUCAUGUUGAAAAGGAGUGAGAAGUUGCAGCUGCACGUGCCCCAGCCUGUGGUCCCACAGCUCAGUUCCUGCCCCAUCACUGGACUGAUGGGCUGGCUGGAACAAUUCCAAGUAUAUUUCGCCUCAGAUAAGGAAACAGUCACUCGUCACGUCCCUGUGUUUGAAGAUCUGCAGCGCUGGCUGUCUGGUCCGGAUCGUCCUGGUGUGGACUACACGCCAACAAGACUUAAAUAUUUCCUCGCCUGGGGAGCUGAGUCGUUCACUUCCGGUCAACAUUACUGGGAGGUGAAUGUGGCCGGCUGUUGCAACUGGGCCAUUGGACUUUGCAAUGAUUCCUGGGCAAAGAAGAAUGACAUGGCACUUGAGUCAGAGGGCAUUUUUCUCCUCUUUUGUAUCCAAGAGAAUCAGCAGUGCAGUCUCUUUACCUCCUCCCCACUAACCCCUCAAUAUGUCCAAAGGCCUCUGGGCCAGGUGGGGGUGUUCCUGGAUCAUGAAGCUGGUCUCGUGAGCUUUAUCGAUGUGGCCACCAGUUCCCUCAUUUGUAGUUUCCUCUCCUGCUCCUUCUCCUCUUCUCUCAAAGCUUUUCUUUGCUCUGGACACCCAUGA